AUGGCAUCACCACCGCCCUCGUACACCAAGAUUACUCACUCUACCACAUAUGCUGGAAUCAAUCCAACCCAGCCUGGCCUUUCCACCGCGGGCAAGGUUGUGUUGAUUACUGGCGCAUCUGGCGGCAUCGGCCGGGCCACGGCUUCAUCCUUUGCUGCAUCGGGCCCGCGAGCCCUCAUUCUUCUCGGUCGGCGCACAGACGCCCUGACCGAAACCACCGCUAUUGUCCAUAACAACCACGCAGAGGUGACAAUCCAAACUCAUGAGGCUGAGCUGUGCAAUGCUUCAAGCGUCCGCGACAUCAUGAACAAGGUGGCUGCCGAGUUUGGCGGCAUCGAUAUCCUGAUCCACUGUGCUGGUGCUCUGGCUCCUGUUGUUCCGCUCCUGGAAGCCGAUCCGGCUACAUUUUUGGACGGCUAUAAGACUACCGUUGUUGGUUCGCUGGUAACGGCACAGGCUGUUGUUCUGGCAAACAAAUCAGUUAGUCCUAAUGAAGACAAACCAGUCACAUUCGUCAAUCUGACGACAGCCGGCAUCCUUUUUCCCCCAUUUACUGGCAUGGGCGCCUACGUGAGUAGUAAGAUGGCCGCCGUCAAGGUCUUGCAGUCAUUCGCUGUCGAGAACCCGCAAGUGCGUCUUCAUAAUGUUCAUCCUGGUUUUCUCCAAACAGCUAUGUCUGCUAAGCUGUCAGAGUCAAUUAAAUUGCCAUUUGCCUUCGACGAAAUCUCUCUUCCUGCCGACUUCCUCGUUUGGAUUGUCUCCCCCGAAGCUGAAUUCCUGAAGAACAAGAUCGUCUUCUCUUGUUGGGACGUUGAUGAGCUCAAGGCUCGGAAAAACGAGAUUGUCGGUGGUUCGCAGGGAACUGGUGAGCUCUGGCUCGGCUACCAAGGAUUCCCACGAUUUGUCGGUGGCCAGGCGUUACCAGGCAUCCAGUAA